AUUGUAUAUCCAGAACUAGAAUUUAUUGAACCUGCCUCAACCCCUUAAAUUUGCACGUUCCUCAACACAUUUAAAUCUGAGUCUCCAUCUUCCAUUCUGAUGGAGAAAAACAUGGCGAAAUCCAAGAAAUUCAGAGGCGUCAGGCAACGCAAUUGGGGUUCGUGGGUGUCCGAGAUUCGCCACCCUUUACUGAAGAAGAGGGUGUGGCUGGGGACGUAUGAUACAGCUGAGGAGGCAGCAAGGGCUUACGACGAGGCUGCGGUGUUAAUGAGUGGAAGAAAUGCUAAAACCAACUUCCCAUGUGAGACGAAUGAAGAUGGAAAUGUCAAGUCUAUGUCAUCACCAUCUUCUUCAUCUCUUUCGUCAAUUUUGACUAAGAAACUUCGCAAGUGUGGUAAAUGGCCAUCGCCUUCUCUCACUUGCCUAAGGCUCGACACCGAGAAGUCCCAUAUUGGGGUGUGGCAAAAGUCGGCCGGAGCAGAAUCGGAUUCAAACUGGGUGAUGACAGUUAAGCUUGGCAACAAGAACAAUGAGCUCGAUAAAAUAUUGCCGGAGGUAACACCGGAGAGAGAAUGCAAGAAUGGAUUGAACGAAGAGGAAAGGAUUGCUUUGCAAAUGAUUGAGGAACUUCUGAACGUGAAUUGACCUCUUGACAUUAUCAUUCUUCACCGUAAAUGAGGCUAGUAAUGCUGGAUUAGUACUUCUAUAUUUUGGUUUUGAUUCCAUGGCCAUAAAAGAAUUAUCUUCCUAAUUAUGGGAUGGAUGAGAAGAAAUAUGUCAAUUAUGGUAUAUUAUUGUUAGGGGUUAUCGUCGUACGUCAAAAUAUAUUUCUUGCACUUAUAUAUGUUUCGAUUAAUAAAUAAAUAAAUUUAUUAUAUUUGUGAUUGUA